UCAGAGGCAUUUCGCGCCGAACCUCCGCGCGCGACUCUCGUGUCGCGACGCUCGAAGUACCGCGCGCGUACGAUCGAUACAUAUUGGUAUAAACGCUGUGCUUGUGACGUUACUUUUUAUUUAUGUGCAAUGUGCUAUGGAGUUUUUUUAUGUGUGAUUGCCCCUGAGAGGGCUCUGUAAUCAGUGUACUCUAAUUUUGGAAGUUUACUAUCAGGGCCCGGCGGCAUGCUGAAACACGUGGCGGUAUCGCCGCACCGCGCGCGCGCAGACUCUGUCAGUCUCGCGUCUUCAGCUUCCUGCUGCAGCCUCGGCAGCCUCGAGCACCGGCACGACUCCGUCACUGAUCUGUCCCAUAGAACGACGACCAUAAAAGUGUACGCACGCUGCCUCAGGCCUGACAUUGAGUACAAAACGCUGUCGGUGACGUGGGGCACUCGAGCGCAGGAGGUGGUCUCUACACUCCUGGGCAAGUUCCGCAUGAGGCACAGAGACCCGAGGCUGUUCUACCUCAGCAUGGAGGUCAGAGUGAGGGCCGCGGGGCUAAGGACUACGCUGGUGUUGGAUGAUGAUGCAAGGCCCGCAGCGCUACAGGCGUGCCAUCCUAAAGGAUAUUCGAAGUUCCAACUUCAGAUGCGUCCUGGUGGUUUGAUCAAGAUCUACGACUCAGCGCUAAUGUCCUCCUCGCAGUACAAGUGCCUGCUGACCAGCGAGAGGACCACGGCAGACGAGGUGUUGGCCAUCUUGCUGCAUUGCUACGAUUCCAAUGAGGGUGUCGAGAGGUUCUCGCUCUAUGAGGUCAGUCCCUCGCAGGAGUACGAGCGAAAGUUACACCCUGAUGACCUUCCCCUGAUGGUGCAACGCGCCUGGCCCGUGGACAGCGACUGCCACUUCAGGGUACGGAGAAACCCGAGAGCACCUCCCCUCCCGCCUCGAAGUCUACCUCCGCCCGAAGAAACCCCCUCCGAAGACGAGGAACCUUCCAGAGCAUUAUCAGCUCUCUCCCUCGAAGCUGAAGGCGAGAAGAGAAGAUAUAGCCCCGUCUACAAGUUCCCCAGCAUCAGCUACUGUAGGGAAACCAAGAAUGACUAUUUGUACAUCUGACUAGCCGUGUACUUAGCCAGGUUUAGACGAUUAAAGUGCCGCGCCAAAGGCCGCAAGCACCUGGAUAGGAUAGUGAGAAAGCGACUCUUGUGAAGUGUAAAUAACGUACAGUUUUGUGUAAAGUGUAAAUAUGGAUUAUGGAUUGCUGAGGUGUUUGGUGUAAGCUUUGGGCCCUCUCUGAUGGAACUGAGUGAAUCGUUGUGGAAGGCAUAAUGGCCAAGGUCCUUUAGGACCACGGCUUUGUGUCAUUAGUUGGAAAAUGGAAAUCUGGAAGGAUUUUUGCUAUAAGAAUCUCCGAAGAAUAGUUUCAGUCAGCUAGGGUUCUCAGUGAGUGUGAAACCAAAGAGUUGUUGCAAUAAUGUUUGUAAUUAACCUAAUGAGGCAGUUAUUAAUAAGUCAUAGAAAGAUCCAGAAUGUUGUCAGUAUUCAGAGUUAUCUGGAAUAAUCCAGACUGGAGCAAAUAGUAAAUAUGACUUCAAAAUAUAUACAGGAACACUAUAAUAUCAAUUAAAUACAUUGCAAGAAGUCACAAGUGAAUUGAUAGUACCUAAGAUGGUCAUAGCUUUUGCCAUUGUAUUACUUUAAGGCGCUACUGAAAGUUAAUGACAGAAAGAGCCUAUAUCUUGUAUAUUUGUGAUGUAGAAAAUGCUUCAAUGCUGUUUUUUAUUAGCCACGAGAAACGAAGACAAUGUUGUUUGUUGAUGUGAAAACUAAAAACUAUAUUUUGUAUAAGGUAUAGAGCUAAAAUAAGAUUUUGUACCUAAAGCAAAUCUCUCUGGUGUAGGUACUUUCUAUAGCAAGACGCAUCAAACUAUAUUCUGGAUAAUUGUUAUGGAAUCUGGAUUAUUUCUUAAUUUAUAUUUGUAUAAAAUUUCCGUAAAAUGUUGCAACUAUUAAAAUGUAAUUUCUAUGAGAAUGUAUAUAAUUAUUGUAUUAUUUAGCUAGUAGACACCAAAGAGGCACGCGCGCGAUAAUAUUAUGAAGAAUUAGAUUUAUUUAACAACUGUUACGCGUUUUAAUGUUUAAUUUAUUUAAUAUGGCCACCGUGACGGGCGCCAUUGACAUGUUGAACAUCAUCGAAUUUACUUCAAACACGUCUAAUAAACUGCGAUAUGUUUUUGAAAA